CAAUCAUGUACCUGGCAUGAACUAUGUAAUCGACAUAGAGUAGCUUGUAUAACUAUUCCAUUGGCUAUUAUUGUUAUUACUAUUAUUUUUAUACGACAAAUGAUAACAUUUGAAAAAGCGUAAUUCGGGGAAAGAUAUUUUAAUCAAGGAUUAACGUGAUCUGUAAUCUGUACCAUAGAGCAUCAUAGAUAUAGAUAAGAUUGCUCUUAGUGUUUUCUAGAAGGCCGAACACAGGGUAGUCUUUCGAAGAAAAGUCCUGCAUGACAGAAGUUAGAAUUUAAUAAUAUAAAACGUUAUUAAGGACUCAAUUACGAGAAUUAAAUUGAUAAACUUCUGAAACCAGAAAUCAUAAAAAUUAAAAAAUGAGCUCUCAUGGUAAACUAGAAACCGAAAAAUUAAGAAAAAAUUUGGAAGCACAAUUGGACAGACUAGUGGAACAAUUAGAAGAUAUCGAAGAAAACAGGAGUUCGUUAGACGAUGAUAUGUAUGAAGAGGCUGUGCAACUUACAAGGGAAGACUUAGAAAAGUUCAAUGAAAGUUUACAAAGAAUGAUAUCUGGUGAUACAACAUUAGUUGAUCAAUUGAGUGCCAUACAGCUGGCAGCACAGGCAGCAAUUAGCGAAGCAUUCAAAACUCCUGCAGUUAUAAGAAUGUUUGCUAAGCGGGAAACAACACAACUUAGAGGACGUUUAUCUCAAAUUGAUUGUGAUGUGAAACUUGCAAAAUUAAGCAAAGAAGAUGGUGACCGUCAGCGAAGAGAAGUAUUGAAUGCAUUAAGACAGCUUGGAGAGAAAUUAGAACCACAUGAGUUACAAUUAUUAGAAAAAUUGAAGUCAAGUAGUAUAGAUGCAGCAAGUUAUGUACAAGUUAAUGAGAACACAGAAAAAGGCAGAAUGGCUAUGGCAGCAGUAGGUGAUGAAGUUAGAAUAACACAAAAUAUUUAGGUUCACAUAAUUCCUAAAUAAUAAUUUUUAAUCUUUGACUGAAUUGACUUCUGUAAAAUAUGUUUUAAACAAUUUUAGAUGCUGUUUGCAAAAUAAUAUUUGUUAUUAUUGACUUGUACAUAAAAAUGUAAGAACAGGUUGUGUAUUACAAUGAAAAAACAAUUGUUUUUUUGGGUACAAAAUCUGCUGAAAUUUUAUAUUUUGAGAAUUUUAAUAUAACUAUCUUUACCUGAAUUUUGCAGUUAUCUUCUAAACUGUCCCAUUAUAAGAUACCCGUCAUAAGUAGAAUAAUCUAUGAUAAGCAAAUAUAUUUUACCAGGUUUUAUUACAGUACAUGUAAUAUGUAUUAGAUAUGUUUUAGUAAAAUAUGUAUUUGAUUUAUUUCAAUAUUAUACUUACAAACUAUAUGGAUGAUUCACGAAACAAAGACACAAGUAAAUAAAUUUACAUGUAUUAUAUUUCACAUCAUAUUAUUGUUGUCAGUAUGUAUACAUACACAUGUUAUAUAAAUACAUUUUGAAAAAGUAUAUUACAAAAGCAACAUCCUUUGUUAAUUCGUUCAAAAUAAAGUUCUUUUACUUGUGGAAAUUUUUUCGAAUUAAAGAAAACUAUUUCAAUAUUUUGCAUUAUACAUAAUCGUUACUGUGUUUUAUCUUCCACUUCAUUUAACUAUUAAAUAUUACACUUGUUCCGUAAUAAUGUUAAAGAUUUAAAACAAAAAGGAAAAAAAUAGCUUUUAAACAUUUGUUUGUAUACAUAUUACAAAUGCUUCCACAUAAGAGUUUACAAAAGCUUGUCAAAUUGGUGUCAAGAAUAUAUUAAAGUGCUUCUACAAUGUAUCUUCUUCUUUUUACAAACACAGUAGAUGGUUCAACUUUUUCCACGGGCUUAUUACUUGAUUAGAAUAUAUAUUGCAUCAAUUAUCAAUUAACGCUUACGUCGACAAACUCUUUUAUGUUCACGCUGCCAAUGAACUUGCUGGCAAUCGGUACUGCAAUAUGCAGUAUUCCAACAACAGUGAUAUAUAGCUUCAGCUUCACAAUUGUAACACUGAAAUCAUAAUAUUCAUUAAAAUGUAUACGUGGCAAUAUUUACACAUAUUGUAUACAGAAAGAAAUUAAAGGAUCAUUACCCAUUGCUUCUUUUUAAUCUCGGAUAUAAUCUGUUGAUGUCUAUCCGUUAGUUGUCGUAAUUCUUUAGCAUGUUCGGCUUGUAAUUUCUCUAACUCUUUACAUUUUUCUAAUUCUAAUUCGCGACGCAAUUUUUCUAAUGCUGUCGUGGUCGGUUGUUCGGAAGUUCUGCGUUCUCUUUUUAUCUAUAAGAAAUAUACCAUUAAUGCAUUAUAGCAAUAAUUAUAUAAUAAACGACAAAUAAGUAACUACAGUGAAGAGUGUCACAAAAAAAUAAAUAAAUAAAAAAUAUCGUCUCUAAGAAUGGGAUAUCUAUGACUCUUUACUAGAAUAUGAUUAUUAUAUUUUGUACCUUUGCAGGUAAUGUUUCUGUUUGCAUCUGUUCUGUUUGUACAAGGACACAUUUAGAUCUUGGUUCUUGAGAACUAGACGUAACCAUAUCUUCUUGUGAACCUUCUUUCUUCAAACCCUGGGGACAGGUACUAGAUAUUCCUCUUGCCGGUUCGUCCUCUGCUACUGGUAAACAGGGCACUUGUCUUUCUUCACUU